AUGGCCAAGGGCUCUUGGCCGCUUGUCGUCUGCUUGAGCAUGAGGGAUAUUGUUACAAGAGUCCGCAGAGCAAGAAUCGAUGGGCCAACUUUGCCGCUCAACCAAAACAUGGGGCCGGUCCCUGUCGACGAGGAUCUUUCUCCGAAAGACUCGAUUCUACGCAAUGAUAUCCAGAAGACCUGCUGA